GCUGAUUCUCCGUGGAAGACGAUGGCCGUGCCGGGACCACCACUGUUCCUGCUUCUGCCUCUGCUGCUGCCGCUGCUGCUGAGCAAGGCAUCCCUGCCUGCAGCCGCAUACACGCUCACCCCUGAACGACACCAACCACAGCACAAAGUCCUCCACCUAGACUGGCCUAAAGACUGCGGGAUGGCCCACUUCAAGCCCAACAUGGCGGAGCGGAUCGUGUCUGGGAACGAGGCCAGACCUCACUCCUGGCCCUGGCAGGUGUCGCUGCAGGUCCGGCCCAGAGGGAGCAAACACUACAUCCACGUCUGCGGAGGAACGCUCAUCCACAAGAACUGGAUCCUCACUGCGGCGCACUGCUUCCAGAAGGGUAAAGCAGAGGAUGCUGGGAGCUGGAGGAUCGUCCUGGGGAAGCACCAGCUGAGGCGCUCGGAGACGCCGGAGAGGAUCUUCCCCGUCAAGCGGAUCUACCGGCACGAGAACUUCCGCUACCCAACCCACAGCGAGCUGGACUACGACAUCGCCCUGGUGAAGGCCGGCGCCGACAUCGUCCCCUCCAACUUCAUCCGCUACGCCUGCCUGCCGCGCAAGCAGACCAGCCUCAAACCGGGACACUACUGCUGGGUGACGGGCUGGGGGGACACCCGGGGCGGGAAGGAGAACGUUUCCCUGGCAGAAGCCUUGAAUCAGGCCCGCCUGCCCAUCAUCGACUUCAAGACCUGCAGGCAGAAGAAGUUCUGGGGCGACCGGGUCCGGGACUCCAUGAUCUGCGCCGGGUUCAGAGACACCGAGGACCCGCCGGCGGCGUGCCAGGGAGACUCGGGCGGGCCGCUGCUGUGCCAGCUGGGCCGGGACCGCUGGGAGGUGCACGGCGUGGUGAGCUUCGGCCCCAUCGGCUGCACGGUGGAGAACAAGCCCAGCGUCUUCACCCGCACCGCCGCCUACAUCCCCUGGAUCGAGGCCACACGCAUCCGGGACUUCUUCCUGCACUGAG